ACGUCAGUGUUUUAUACGUAGUAUUAGUCUUACGUUUACAAUUUUUAAUUAAAUUCCCAAACAUGAUUAAUUAAUUUCUGAGUAAUUUUUACAAAACAAAAUCGAUGCCUUGUCAAAAAUAUCUUGCUGUGGUAGCAAAGUUUUAAGCAUAGCCAUUAUUGGAAUCAAAAGAAACAUUACAUCUUGUAUCUCUGCUCAAUAAGAAAUUGAGUUCAAGUCAAAACGGCGCCUACUAGCUAAGAAGAUUAAAACGCGUGGAGAAAAAUGCUGUGUUGCUUUAAUUAAGGCUCCAGGGAAGUCUGCCAACAUCAUAUUUCCUGUCAACAGGCAAACAGAAUAUUUUUGUUAGAAAAAAAAAAGUUGACACCAAAGAACGCUUCUCAUGCCAAAGAGCUCGAGAGACCUUCGGAAAAACGUCAAAGCGCCAAUUUGUUCGCACAAGCUGUUUGUGUUCAUGGCGAGUGGCACCAUCGCGAUUCUCUCCGUUGUCAAUGGGUUGUCGUCAAUUGCAGGAACCGUUGGAAAUCUGCUGGUUUGCUUGGUGAUAUACCGUAACGAAGAAUUGCAAACAGGUGUGAAUUACUUUAUCCUGAGUCUCAGUGCAGCAGACUUAACGGUGUGCUCCAUCGCAGAACCGACCUAUGUUUACUACUUGAAUCAAAAGUGGAACGCGCAAAACUUCGAAACUUUUAAGCUCAUUGCGUACAUAACUCUGCAUUCGUCGUUCCUCAAUCUUUUGUCUUUGACGGUGAAUCGACUAUUUGCUUUGUGGUUUCCUUUUGGAUAUGUGAUUGUUAUGCGUGGUAGGAACAUUGCUGUGAUUGUCAGCAUUAUAUGGUUAGUAUCAGUGGUUAUGGCAAUUGCGUUUAGUUUAUUCCCAGUUUUAAAGAGACCUGCGCCAUACUUCCAUGUGGCAAUGCUCCUUACGUUUGCGUUCACCUACAUGAAGAUUUUCUGUAUCGCCAGAAAACAGCGACGCCGAAUAGCUUUGCAGGUUAGGUCAGUCUCUCAUAAUUACAGAGUGGCCAAAAUCUCACAAGAUCAACUGACCACGCGGACAUUGGCAAUUCUGAUCGGCGUUUCAGUGAUUCUUUUUCUUCCUGAUACGUGGUUUCAGCUCGCGAGGAGCAGCGACUACACGAGAUUUCACUGGUCUUUUACAACAAUGUUUUUGAGCUCAUUUUUAAACCCUUGUAUAUACGUGUGGAGAAGUGAAAAGUUUCGUCUUGCCUUGUACAAGACAAUUGGUGUUUCUCGCCGAGGUCGUCGAUCAACUGUAAAGGUUAAUUUUAACGCAUUUGAGCAGGUGAAUAUCAACAAUAACUUAGGUGAAAUUUCUGAGAGGAAAAACAAGGACAAUAAAACUCCCUCCAUAAAUAUGGAGGCACCGUAGCCAAAUUGCAGAAUUGACUGAGAAAAUACAGUGCCUGCAUUUUACUUUUAUUUUUCCUAUUAAAAAUACUUUGCACUUUAAACUACAUUCUACAACAUUUGAAAAACAUGUUUUUGUUUCCAUUAUAUUUUUUUUCCAGGAUAUCUAGUAAAUAAUUAUUCAAACCCUUUCGAAAUGCAACUAAAAGCACUUAGGGUGAUGGAUAUUUGUACAAAUAUCGGCACUUAAGAGACUAUUCCAGGGCUCUUCAUUCACUCGAUCGAUUAACGAUAUGAAAAACAAAGAAAACCGACAGACGUGACAACCAGGAAUUGCAAUUUCUAUGAUUUUAAAGCACUCUUUUCCCUUGACGUAAACGGAAGACUGUGUGGUGAAUAAUUAGUCUAUUUUUUUUUCAACUCUUACCCACGUCUUGAUAAGUAGAAUGAAAAAAUGUCGACCAUGUCUUUCCUUAAGCUCCUAAAUUCGUGUCUCUCUCAUACUGCUUGACCUUAUUUUCUUUGAUCUGCGUCUUAACUGUUUAUUUUCA